GUCUUUCCAGGUGUGGUCCAAGCCCUACUUGAGUCCAGGCUCCGAGUGAAGAGAACCACUAUCGCUAACACGCUGUCUCUCGCUGUUCUCCAUCUUCCGUCAGACAGAAUGGCCGUCGGCGGUGUCACUUUCAAGUCAGACGACAUCGUGAUAAAGUCUCCGAACGAUCGCCGGUUAUACCGAUACAUUCAACUCGAGAAUGGCCUCUGUGCCCUCAUCGUUCACGAUCCGGAGAUCUACCCCGACGGAGCUCUCGAACCUUCGAAAGCUCCAGCGAACACAGAAGAAGAAGAAGGAGAAGAAGAAGCCGAUGACGAGGAAGAGGAGGAGGAAGACGAAUAUAGCGAGGAUGACGAGGACGAAGAAGAAGAGGAUGAGGAAGGUGAAGAUGAUGAAGUUGAAGGGAAAGAGAAGAGAAAGAAAAAUGCCUCUCAGACCAAGAAGGCAGCAGCAGCAAUGUGUGUUGGGAUGGGUAGUUUCGCCGAUCCUUCUGAGGCACAGGGACUUGCGCAUUUUCUAGAACACAUGCUCUUCAUGGGGAGUGCUGAUUUUCCAGAUGAAAAUGAGUAUGAUAGUUACUUGUCCAAACAUGGAGGCUCAUCAAAUGCAUACACAGAAGCUGAACAUACCUGCUACCAUUUUGAAGUUAAUAGAGAGUUUCUUAAGGGUGCUUUGAGGAGAUUUUCUCAGUUCUUUAUUUCACCUUUAGUGAAAAUUGAUGCCAUGGAGAGAGAGGUUCUUGCUGUAGAUUCAGAAUUUAAUCAGGUUUUGCAAAGUGAUGCUUGCCGCCUUCAACAACUUCAAUGCCAUACAUCUGCACCUGGCCAUCCUUUUAACAGAUUUUGUUGGGGGAAUAAGAAGAGCCUCAUUGAUGCAAUGGAGAAAGGGAUCAAUUUGCGUGAACAAAUUCUAAACUUGUACAAAGAUAACUACCGUGGUGGAUUAAUGAAGCUAGUUGUCAUUGGGGGAGAGUCCCUUGAUGUACUGGAGAAUUGGGUUUUGGAAUUGUUUAAUAAUGUCAGAAAAGGUCCUUGGGUAAAACUAGAGCCGAGGAUGGCAGUUCCUAUCUGGAAAGUUGGUAAACUUUACAGAUUAGAGGCAGUAAAAGAUGUUCAUAUCCUUGAUUUAUCAUGGACAUUACCUUGUCUCCGCCAAGAUUACCUGAAAAAGUCUGAAGAUUACUUAGCACAUCUUAUUGGGCAUGAGGGCAGAGGAAGCUUGCAUUUCUUUCUAAAAGCUAGAGGAUGGGUCACUUCUAUAUCUGCUGGUGUUGGGAAUGAAGGAAUGCAACAAUCGUCUAUAGCCUAUAUAUUUAGCAUGUCUAUACACCUCACUGACUCUGGCUUGGAAAAGAUCUUUGAGAUCAUUGGCUUUGUUUAUCAAUAUUUUAAGUUAUUGCGUCAAGUUUCUCCCCAAGAAUGGAUCUUUAAGGAACUUCAGAAUAUCGGAAAUAUGGAAUUUAGAUUUGCAGAGGAGCAGCCUCAGGAUGAUUAUGCUGCUGAGCUUUCAGAGAAUUUGUUUGUUUAUCCUAAGGAACAUGUUAUUUAUGGGGAUUAUGCAUUCAAAGAAUGGGAUGAGGAAAAGAUAAAAAAUCUUCUGUGUUUUUUCACACCAGAAAACAUGAGGAUUGAUGUUCUAUCAAAGUCAUUUCCUGAAUCACAAGAUUUCCAAUAUGAGCCAUGGUUUGGAUCCAAAUAUACCGAGGAAGAUAUUUCUCCAUCUUUGAUGGCACUGUGGAGGGAUCCUCCUGAAAUUGAUGUUUCUUUACAUCUGCCCUUGAAGAAUGAGUUCAUUCCAUGUGAUUUUUCCAUCCAUGCUAACAACAUGCAUAAUGAUCUUGCAAAUGAAUCUUUGCCAAGAUGUAUACUUGAUACUCAGUUAAUGAAGCUUUGGUACAAGCUUGAUAAUACUUUCAAACUUCCUCGUGCAAAUACAUAUUUCCGUAUAACUUUGAAGGAGGCAUAUGAUAACGUGAAGAACUGUGUUUUGACUGAAUUAUUUAUGCACCUUCUCAAAGAUGAGCUGAAUGAGAUUAUAUAUCAGGCCAGUGUAGCCAAAUUAGAAACUUCCAUAGCUCUGUUUAGCGACAAGCUGGAGCUAAAGGUCUAUGGUUUUAAUGAUAAGCUUCCAGUUCUCUUGUCUAGAAUUUUGGCAAUAGCCAAAUCAUUUUUGCCAACUGAAGAUCGUUUUAAGGUUAUUAAAGAGGAUAUGGAGCGAACUUUGAGAAACACCAAUAUGAAGCCUCUGAGUCAUUCAUCUUACUUGAGACUGCAAAUUCUGUGUCAGAGUUUCUGGGAUGUAGAUGAGAAGCUCUGUUCUCUAAAUGAUUUGUCUCUUGCUGAUUUGAAGGCUUUCAUUCCGAAGGUUCUUUCCCAGGUACAUAUUGAGGGUCUUUGUCAUGGUAAUAUGUUGAAAGAAGAAGCACUCAACAUAUCAAAUAUAUUUGAAAACAAUUUUCCUGUACAACCGCUUCCAUAUGAAAUGAUGCAUAAAGAGCAUGUUAUAAAUCUUCCUUCUGGUGCCAACCUUGUUAGAGAUGUCAGAGUGAAGAAUAAGCCUGAAACAAACUCUGUGGUUGAGCUUUAUUUUCAAAUUGAGCCAGAAUGCUGGGCAAAAUCAACAACCAAAUUGAAAGCUUUGGUAGAUCUUUUUGAUGAAAUUGUGGAAGAACCACUUUUCAAUCAGCUAAGGACAAAGGAGCAGCUUGGAUAUGUUGUUGAAUGUGGCCCACGGAUAACAUAUCGUGUGUUUGGGUUUUGUUUUUGUGUUCAAUCUUCAAAGUACAACCCAGUCUACUUGCAAGAGAGAAUUGAUUGCUUCAUAAAUGGUCUGGAAGACUUGUUGGCUGGACUCGAUGUUGAAUCCUUUGAGCAAUACAGAAAUGGAUUACUGGCUAAGUUGCUGGAAAAAGAUACAUCUCUCACAUAUGAAACCAAUCGGAUUUGGGGUCAAAUUGUUGAUAAGAGGUAUAUGUUUGACAUGUCAGUGAAGGAAGCAGAGGAACUAAGGAGCAUCUGCAAGAGUGACAUUAUUGACUGGUAUAGAACAUAUUUGCUUCAAUCAUCACCAAACUGUCGGAGACUUGCCGUUCGGGUGUGGGGUUGUAACACUGACUUGAAAGAGGCUGAAGCACAAUCACAGUCUGUGCAGGUCAUUGAAGACCUCACCGUCUUUAAGACCUCGUCUGAGUUCUAUCCAAGUAUUUGUUAACCAAAUGCUAGCUAUUGUUUAGCAUAUAAUCCAAAUUAUUGUGGGAUAUUAGAACCAUACUGCUAGGUGGAUUAUUAUUUUAAUUCUCUCAGAAAGGGUGGGCAUAUGACAGAAAAAGUGUUGGUGGUAUAGAUACAUUUUUUUGUUGGAUGAUAUUUUAUGGAAAAGAGAAAAGUCAAAUAUUUGAGUUAUACAUUUAUGUAGUAUCACAUUUUUUUUUUUAAUAUUGGUAUUUGAUGAAUCGAUAGUAAAGCUAUGGUGAUUCAUCAUCA